AUGGCCGACAAUGAAACCCAAGAUAUUAAAGCCGAGUCGAAUGGCCCUCUUGUAAAUGGUAUCGCCAUUGGAUUUGUUGUUGCUUCGGCCGCGGUCCUCUCACUUCGGCUCUAUACUCGCCUAGUUCUCCUGAAAACCGCUGGAAAAAAUGACUGGACUAUGUUGAUCGCCAUGUAUCUUCUCAUUGUCAUUCUCCAUUACAAUACGGGAAUGAAUGUCGUCAAGGUGUCCUUCUUGCUCCAGUAUCGGCGUGUGUUUGUCUCGAAAGUUGUCCAAAGAGUCUGCUUCUGGGCAAUGGUAUACGUAGUGGUCUGGGCGUGUUUCCAGGCCACCCUUCUCGGGCUUUCUUGCCUGCCCAUGGCCAUCAUCGUGCCCAGUACCGCCGGGUUCUGUCUCGACACCCUACCCAUCUGGUAUUUUUCAUCGGCUAUGAGCCUAGCAACCAAUUUCAUGAUCUUCUGCAUCCCUUUGCCCUCUGUUCUGAGGCUUCAACUUCCAAGAAAGCAGAAGGCUAUGCUGUUUGGUAUCUUCUGUCUUGGCUUCUUUGUCUGUAUUAUCUCAGUCUAUCGCAUGUUCACUCUCCGCACAGCGGUCUCCAGCAAUAAACCGCCGUGGGAAAAUAUCGGCGCCGCAAUCUGGUCCGCCAUCGAGCUCAACACCUCCAUCAUAUGUUGGCUUCCGGGUGCGGGCCUCUCGUCCGCGCACACCAAGACCAGUGCGUACCAUCGAUACGGUCCCUCUUCGGGCAUGGGACGCGGAACAUUCAAGGAGCUCAAGAGUGGACAACGCGAAGUUAGCACCGAAGAGCCCGUCCUCGAAGACAUGAACGCCAGUCAGUCAGGUAGCAUGCCUUCGGUCUACGCACACAUCACGGCCGACCCGGAAUUGGGCCACAGAGAUCGAAGAAUUAAGGGAAGUCAUCAGAAUCAGAUCAUGGUGACCACGGAGACGAUGAUUAAGGAGGGUCGACAAAUGGGUAUCAGCAGAAAUGGUUGA